GCUGGCUGAACAGCGCUAUUCUCCGCCAGCCUAAUCACUUCCCCGACGCCAAUUUCCUGAAUCUCCAGACCUCAUCCUCGCGGGCCACCAGCAAUCAGUGGCUUUCCCGGUCAAUUCUGCAGCGGAAUAUGAGCGAGGUUUCCGGCGACUCGAUGCCGGCGGCGGAGUAUAACAAUAAUAACAACAGCAGAAGCGAAGGAGAGGCGAACUGGCAACACAAGGCGGAGAUAUUGUCUCACCCGCUGUACGAGCAGCUCCUGUCGGCGCACGUGGCAUGCCUGCGCAUCGCGACGCCGGUGGAUCAGCUGCCGAGGAUCGACGCACAGCUCGCGCAGUCGCAGCAAGUCUUCGACAAAUACUCCGCCGCCGGCCAUGGCGCCGAUGAUAAAGAGCUCGAUCAAUUCAUGACGCAUUAUGUGGUGCUUCUGUGUUCCUUCAAAGAGCAAUUGCAGCAGCAUGUGCGUGUUCAUGCGAUGGAGGCAGUUAUGGCGUGCUGGGAGAUCGAGCAGUCCUUGCAAAGCGUAACUGGAUUUUCACCUGGAGAAGGGACAGGGGCUACAAUGUCUGAUGACGAAGAUGAUCAGGUUGAGAGUGAUGUAAACCUCUUUGAAGAUGACAAUGGCAACACCGGCUUCGGCCCUUUGAUCCCAACAGAGACCGAAAGAUCACUCAUGGAGCGCGUGCGCCAAGAACUUAAGCAUGACCUCAAGAAUGGCUACAAGGACAAGAUUGUCGACAUUAGGGAGGAAAUCCUGCGCAAGAGACGCGCAGGAAAACUUCCGGGCGAUACAACCUCUGUGUUGAAAGCCUGGUGGCAAUCACAUUCUAAAUGGCCAUAUCCCACUGAAGAGGAUAAGGUGAAAUUGGUGGAAGAAACAGGUCUGCAGCUGAAGCAGAUAAAUAAUUGGUUUAUCAAUCAAAGGAAGAGGAACUGGCACACCAAUGGCAAUGCUUCUUCUUCCUCCACUGCCUUGAAAUCCAAGCGCAAAAGACGUCGCGCCUAAUUUUGCUGCGAAUUGCGAGUCUCUGACGAUGGAGCUGCAAACCUCCACUUCUUCUCUACAAGCAUCGCCGUCUCCGACCCCGGCUCAUUCUCCGUCACUGGAAGAUGUGAUGAG